GACCAGUGUGACGUCAUCGCAGGUCCUGCAGCCCCAGGAGGUGAGAUCUGCAGGUUCCUUAGGUUCAGGACUCUCUUCUUUUGAAAGACAAUGGUCCUUUCCAUCAAUGACCCACCAAGGAUGGAGAAGGACAGAGACCACAUGGCUGCAAGGAUAUUAGACCUCACCCUGGAGAUCAUCUCCUUGAUAACUGGAGAGGAUUACACAGUAGUGAAGAAGUCGUCUGGUGAGUGUGUGACACCCUGUGUGUCAGGAGGAUGGAGCAGGACCCAGAGACCCAUCAUCAAGCCUCCACCUUAUUCCCUGAUACAUGAGCAGAAGAUCCUAGAACUUACCACCAGGAUCACUGAGCUGCUGAGCGGAGAGGCUCCUAUAAGGUGUCAGGAUGUAGCUGUCUAUUUCUCCAUGGAGGAGUGGGAGUAUUUAGAAGAAAACAAAGAUCUGUACAAGGACGUCAUGAUGGAGAAUCCCCAGUCCCUCACAUCACCGGAUGGAUCCAGUCAGAGAAAUCCACCAGAGAGAUUUCCCGUUCCUCUGUAUUCCCAGGACUGUCUACAGGAAAAGCAGAAUGUCCCACUGGAUCAUCAAGAAAGUUCAGGUGGAACGAUGAGUGAGCUAAAAAAACCCGGAUCAGUGUCCGCGAAUGGUGAAAACGGGAUGAGAGUAUACCGUAAGAAUCUUCAUUUAUCUUCCUAUGAUAAAGCAGAAGAUAACAAUACCACACAAGCUAAUUCAAUAGCUCCUAAUGUACCCUCAGUCCUUCACAGUGGAGAUCUAUCCACCGAUACCGCUGGUCACAAGAAACCUUCAUCUAAUCAAUCACUGACUGGCAAAACAAGAACUAAACAGAAGCGUGGAAAAAUAUUUUCACAUGUUAAACCUUUUAAGAAAAAAUCAAAUGAGAGAAAUUGCAGAGAUAAAAAGUCAUUUUCAUGCUCUGAAUGUGGAAAAUCUUUUACCAGGAAAUUAAUUCUAGUUGGACAUCAGAGAAGUCACACAGGGGAGAAGCCGUAUUCAUGUUCAGAAUGUGGGAAAUGUUUUAGUGAGAAAUCUGUUCUUGUGACACAUUUAAGAAUUCAUACAGGAGAUGAGCCAUUUUCAUGUCCUGAAUGUGGUAAAUGUUUUAGUCUGAAAUCAAAUCUUGUGACACAUCUAAACAUCCACUUAGGGAAGAAGCCAUUUUCAUGUUCAGAAUGUCAGAAAUGUUUUAGUAAGAAAGCUGAUCUUGUGAGACAUCAGAGAAUUCACACAGGAGAGAAGCCGUUUUUGUGUCCUGAAUGUGGGAAGUGUUUUCGUGUGAAAUCAAUCCUUGCAGAACAUCAAAGAAUUCACACAGGAGAGAAGCCGUUUCUGUGUCCUGAAUGUGGAAAGUGUUUUAGUCAUAAAUCAGAUCUUGUUAAACAUCAAAGAAUUCACACAGGAGAGAAGCCAUUUUCAUGCUCAGAAUGUGGGAAAUGUUUUAGUCAGAAAUUUGAUCUCGUGAGACAUCUAAGAAUCCACUCAGGGGAGAUGCCAUUUUUAUGUUCAGAAUGUGGAAAAUGUUUCACCCAUCAAUCAAGUUUAAUUAAGCAUCAGAGAACUCACACAGGGGAGAAGCCAUUUUUAUGUAUUGAAUGUGGGAAGUGUUUUAGUCAUAAAUCAGAUCUUGUUAAACAUCAAAGAACUCACACAGGGGAGAAGCCAUUUUCAUGUAUUGAAUGUGGGAAGUGUUUUAGUCAUAAAUCAGAUCUUGUUACACAUCAGAGAAUUCACACAGGAGAGAAGCCGUUUCUGUGUCCUGAAUGUGGGAAGUGUUUUCGUAUGAAAGCAAAGCUUGUAGUACAUCAAAGAAUUCACACAGUACAGAAGCCAUUUUCAUGCUCAGAAUGUGGGAAAUGUUUUAGUGAGAAAUCUGGUCUUGUGAAACAUCUAGCAAUCCACUUAGGACAGAAGACAUUUUCAUGUUCAGUAUGUGGGAUAUGUUUUUUUCUUCAAUCAAGUUUAACUCGGCAUCAGAGAGCUCACACAGGGGAGAAUUCACAAAACAGAUUAUAUGAAAGAAACUAUGUUGGUGUCCGUGAUGAAGGUUCCUUCUUUGUGGAUGAAGAGACUCACAAUGACGUCAUGAUGGAGAAUCCCCAGUCCCUCACAUCACCAGAUGGAUCCAGUCAGAGAAAUCCACCAGAGAGAUGUCCCAGUCCUCUGUAUUCCCAGGACUGUCCACAGGAAAAGCAGAAUGUCCCACUGGAUUAUCAAGAAAGUUCUGGUGGUACGACGAGUGAGCUCAAAAAACCCGGAUCAGUGUCCGCGAAUGGUGAAAACGGGAUGAGAGUAUACCAUAAGAAUCUUCAUUUAUCUUCCUAUGAUAAAGCAGAAGAUAACAAUACCACACAAGCUAAUUCAAUAACUCCUAAUGUAACCUCAGUCCUUCAGAGUGGGGAUCUAUCCACCGAUACUGCUGGUCACAAGAAGCCUUCAUCGUAUCAAUCACUGACUGGCAAAACAAGAACUAAACAGAAGCGUGGAAAAAAUAUUUCACAUGGGAAACCUAUUAAGAAGAAAUCUAAUCUUUCUUUACAUGAGAGAAAUUGCAGAGAUAAAAAGUCAUUUUCAUGCUCUGAAUGUGGAAAAUCUUUUACCAGGAAAUAUAUUCUAGUUCGACAUCAGAGAACUCACACAGGGGAGAAGCCGUAUUCAUGUUCAGAAUGUGGAAAAGGUUUUAUGUGGAAAUGCUCUAUAAAGAAACAUCAGAAUAUGCACACAGGGGAGAAGUCAUUUUCAUGUACAGAAUGUCAGAAAUGUUUUAGUCAGAAAAUUGGUCUUGUGAGACAUCAGAGAAUUCACACAGGAGAGAAGCCGUUUCUGUGUCCUGAAUGUGGGAAGUGUUUUCGUGUGAAAUCAAUCCUUGCAGCACAUCAAAGAAUUCACACAGGAGAGAAGCCGUUUCUGUGUCCUGAAUGUGGAAAGUGUUUUAGUAAUAAAUCAGAGCUUGUUUUACAUCAAAGAUUUCACACAGGAGAGAAGCCAUUUUUAUGCUCAGAAUGUGGGAAAUGUUUUAAUCAGAAACCAAGUUUAAUUAAGCAUCAGAGAACUCACACAGGGGAAAAGCCAUUUCCAUGUAUUGAAUGUGGAAAGUGUUUUAGUAAUAAAUCAGAUCUUGUUCCACAUCAAAGAAUUCACACAGGAGAGAAGCCAUUUUCAUGUAUUGAAUGUGGAAAAUGUUUUAGUACUAAAUCAGAACUUGUUCUACAUCAAAGAAUUCACACAGGAGAGAAGCCAUUUUCAUGCUCAGAAUGUGGAAAAUGUUUUAGUAGGAAUUCAAUUUUAAUUAGGCAUCAGAGAACUCACACAGUAGAGAAGCCAAUUUCAUGUUCAGUAUGUGGAAAAUGUUUUAGUAGGAAUUCAAUUUUAAUUAGGCAUCAGAAAACUCACACAGUAGAGAAGCCAUUUUCAUGUUCAGUAUGUGGGAUAUGUUUUUUCCUUCAAUCGAGUUUAACUCGGCAUCAGAGAGCUCACACAGGAGAGACGUCUGACAUUUCUUCAAGAUAGGUCAUCAAUAUCAGAUUGGGGGUGUUUCAAAACUUGAGACCCCCACUGAUUAGCUUCUUGAGGAGGCCUCCUUGCAGCUUACAAAGCACAAUGCUUUCCAAUGCUCGGUAUUGCAACUCAGUCUCAUUCACUUCAAUAUCACUGAGCUGCUUCUAGGGAAUAUUAACGAUGAAUGAGACUACAGAAUACAGUUCAAACUUUUCACCCUCACCCACAAAGCUCUCCACAGUGCUGCACCUCCAUAUAUCUCCUCGCUUAUCUCCAUCUACCACCCUACUCGUGCUCU